AUGUCUAAGGCGAAUAUCGAUGUCGAGAAAAUCUUGAAGGGGAAGUACCCGGCCAAGGCGCAUGCGAAGCGCGUGGUUGAAUAUAUUAAGUCCAAAAUCCCCGAUGCUACCGGUAUUCUGUACCUAGAGGGACGAUCAGACAAGCUAUUGGAAGAUAGCGAUGAGCCGAUUCCUUUCCGACAACGGAGGGCUUUUAUGUACCUGACUGGUGUCGACGUUGCCGACUGCUUUUUUAUCUACGAUAUCGCGACCGAGCACUCGACCCUCUUUAUCCCUCCUAUAGACCCGGACUCCGUUAUCUGGUCUGGCUUGCCAUUGUCUCCCGAGGAAGCUCUGUCGACGUACGACGUCGAUUCUGUCCUUCCCUCUACCGAGCUCAACCCUACACUAGCUAGGUUAGGAAGCGCGCCUAAUGCUACAGUCUUUGCUAUCGCCGAUCGCGUCUCGGAUGCUGUGACUUUCCUAGAGUUUACCGAUAAAGAUUUCACUGCCCUAGGCGAAGCCAUUGACGAGAGCCGUGUUAUCAAGGAUGAGUACGAGAUCGCCCUCAUCAAGAAAGCCAAUGAGAUUAGCACAGUCGCCCACAAGGCCGUCCUCGAAGGGGUGAAAAAGGCCAAGAACGAAUAUGAAUUGGAGGGAGUAUUCGUGGGCACGAGUAUUUCUCAGGGGGCUAAGAAGCAAGCAUACCCCAGCAUAGUUGCCAGCGGACGAGCCGCUGCUACUCUACAUUAUGUGCAUAAUAACAAAGAUCUAAUUGGAAAGGAUCUGCUACUUUUAGAUGCUGGUGCCGAGUGGAGUUGUUAUGCUUCUGAUAUCACGAGAACUUUCCCUAUUUCCGGAAAAUUCACCGAAGAGUCUCGAGCUAUUUACGAGAUUGUUCUCCAGAUGCAAACAGACACCAUCGCCGCCCUAAAAGAAGGCGUAUCGUGGGAUGAAGUCCACCUAUUAGCGCAUCGAAUCGCCAUUGACGGCCUACUCUCUCUAGGAGUCUUAAAAGGAGAUAGGAAAGAAAUUCUCGAAGCUCGGACAAGCACGGCAUUCCUCCCUCACGGCCUAGGACACUACCUCGGAUUAGAUACUCACGACACUGGUGGCCACCCUAAUUAUUCGGAUCCCGACCCGAUAUUUAGGUACCUGCGAGUCCGGGCGAACCUCCCUGCUGGGAGCGUGAUUACUGUCGAACCCGGUAUCUACUUCUGCGAGUUUAUCAUCAGGCCUUACCUAAAAGACCCUAAACAUGCCAAAUUCAUCGACGAGAAGGUGUUGGAUAAAUACUGGGAUGUCGGUGGCGUGAGGAUUGAGGAUAAUUUACUCAUCACGAAGGAUGGUUCAAUCAAUCUGACUGAUGCAAUCAAAGACCCUGACGAGAUAGAGAAGAUUAUUUCCAGCAGCUAA